CCGACCAAUGACAAGUGAACACUGCGAUAUCAAUGCAGUCACCAGAGAGAGGUAUCGGAUAGAUUUGCAAAAUAGGUGACAUUUUAGCCUAGUUACAGAGCGUGGACACAGAUGGAUAAAAUGGUGUCAUUGACGCAAACUGGCGAAACCUCGAACAGAAUGUGCAAACGGAGGAAAAUGAAGAGCGGUUCUCAAUCUCCAUCAAGAGAGAAUGUAUCACCACACGGAGACCAAAGCGAGGAGACUUCGUGCACCCCUGUGCGGAGACCGCGGGCGGAGAGGGUCAGAAAGCAAAACAUCAUUUCUAAACUGUCAGACUCUGGUUUCGAUGAGGACUUUCUAUCUCCAACCCCGACCCCAUCACCGGUUCGGAAAAAUCAGUGUCCGGUAACAGUUGAAGACGCAUUGGCACCGGGGAAUUCCAACAACAGACUGUUGUCUAAUUGGUAUCAACACUACGGCGAGAUUGGUUAUCAGAUACAGAAACUCAAAGAGCCGCAGUUUCAUCCAGUCAACUGUCUGUCUCGACAACCACAGGUGACAGCCGAGUCACGAUGUAAGCUAGUCAGCUGGCUCAUCCCCGUACACAGAUACCUGCGUCUGUCCUUUGAGUGUUGCAGCCUGGCCGUUAACAUCAUGGAUCGCUUCCUGGCUUCCACUCCCGUGGCUGCUGACUGCUUCCAGCUGCUGGGGGUCACCGCCCUGCUGCUCGCCUGUAAACAGGUGGAGGUGUUUUCUCCUCGGAUCAGCCAGCUCCUGUCUCUGUGUUGUGAUGCGUUCUCCAGAGAACAGCUGUGUAACCUGGAAUGUCUCAUCCUGCUCCGCCUCAACUUCCGCCUGGCUGCACCAACCAUAGCCUUCUUCCUGGACUUCUACACCAAUCACAGCCUGGCUGGCCGGCAUAUGGGCGUGGACGGAGUCAGCAACGUUAGCCAUAGGCUGUCUGGGGAUAAGGAUGAGGAAGUGAAGAGGCGAAAGAGGGGCAGCAGAUUGGCUCUUAGGGUGUGUGAGCUCACUCUGGCCGACUACGCCUUCAAUAAGUACACACCUUCCCUGACCGCCCGCUGUGCUCUGGCUCUAGCCAAUCAACUGCUGAGAACCAGCCAGGGCCUAGAGGAGCCAGCCAAUCAGCUGCUGAGGUUCAACCCUGAGGAAGAGCCAAUGGACCAAUCCCUGAGUGAUCCUGCCCACUCAGAGAACGACCAUUACCACCCAACCUUAUCUGAGACUAGUAAUCACACCUGUAUUGACAAUGACUCCUCUCUUUCAGUUGUUGGUCACCUCCGAUCUGUGAAUGACUCCACCCAGUCAAUGGAUGACCCUUCUCCAUCUGGGAACACGUCUACCCUGGUUGAGGGAGACCAGACUCAUGCUACUCUGGCCCAGGAGUACAGAGAGGGAGACCAGACUCAUGCUCCUCUGGCCCAGGAGUGCAGUGAGAGAGACCAGACUCAUGCUCCUCUGACCCAGGAGUGUAGAGAGGGAGACCAGACUCAUGCUCCUCUGGCCCAGGAGUACAGUGAGGGAGACCAGACUCAUGCGCCUCUGACCCAGGAGUACAGUGAGGGAGACCAGACUCAUACUCCUCUGGCCCAGGAGUGUAGAGAGGGAGACCAGACUCAUGCUCCUCUGACCCAGGAGUGUAGAGAGGGAGACCAGACUCAUGCUCCUCUGACCCAGGACUGUAGAGAGGGAGACCAGACUCAUGCUCCUCUGACCCAGGACUGUAGAGAGGGAGACCAGACUCAUACUCCUCUGGCCCAGGAGUGUAGAGAGGGAGACCAGACUCAUGCUCCUCUGACCCAGGAGUGUAGAGAGGGAGACCAGACUCAUGCACUCUACCAGGAGUGUUUAGACAACCUUAGAUUGUUGGUGUCACUCAACCAGGAUGCCCUGCAGGCCACGAUAACUCUGUGACCACAUGAUGACUGUUGGCAUGUUUCAACCUAUGUGAGGUAAAUGCACAGUUGUUGAUGAAUGGACCCUACCGCUAUUGUGACUGAAAACAACCUGUGUACCUCGAGAAAUGAAAGGCCGAAAAAACCUUUGCAUUUCCAGUCACUAAGCUCUGCUACCCCUGCACUUGUGGGGUUGGUGGUUGACAAUAGUGACUGUCACUGAGUUAUUUCAAUGAUUUAAAUUUCUGCAAAUAAACUGUGAACAAUAUCAAUGGACAGCAUUGGCAUUGGUAUCAAAGUACUGUAUGUGUAGAGGAUGUUUUGGUCUUUAUUUAUACUGUACUAUGUUCUGUAACUUAUUGAAGUCAUUGUACUGUAAGAUGCAUUGAGUGAGUAACUUGCUGUAGCUGUUUCUCCAACCGUCCUGAUCCUGGCUGCUAUGUUGGCCAAUGUUACACAGACCGUUAUUGUUACGCAAUGAACAACGAUGUGACGUCCCGUUUCAGCAAAUGUGAUGAAAACCCGUAUUAAAUUAUUACUUGAUCAAUGUACUGGAUAUGUGAAUCUGAUUGGUUCACUCCAUUU